AUGAAGUCUUUCGCUGCUCUCGCCCUUACCGCCUCCAUGGCCAACAUGGUUGCCGGCCACGCCAUCUUCCAGCAACUCUGGGUUAACGGUCAGGACCAGGAGUCCAGCUGCGUUCGCAUGCCUGCCUCCAACUCUCCCGUCCAGGACCCUACCUCCAACGACAUGCGCUGCAACGCCAACCCCGCCGCCGCCACCUCCACCUGCGGCGUUAAGGCCGGUGACACCAUCACCGUCGAGAUGCACCAGCACAACACCCGCGCCUGCUCCGAGGAGGCCAUCGGUGGCGCUCACCACGGCCCCGCUGUCGACGACGCUGCCGCUGCCGACGGCUCCACCCCCUUCUUCAAGGUCUUCGAGUCCGGCUACUUCGCCAACAACAACACCUGGGGCAACGACCUCAUCAACGAGGGCUGCGGCAAGCAGAACUUCGUCAUCCCCUCCGACAUCGCCCCUGGUGACUACCUCCUCCGUGCCGAGACCGUCGCUCUCCACGCCGCCGGCUCCGUCGACGGCGCCCAGUACUACAUGUCUUGCUACCAGCUCAAGAUUGAGGGUACUGGCACUGCCAAGCCUGAGGGUGUUUCUUUCCCCGGUGCCUACAAGGCCACUGACCCUGAAGCAACUCUAAGAGCUGUACACGGCUACGUAUUUGAUCUCCAUCCGCGAGUUCUUGCCCCCAACAGUCUGCGCGCUAGGAGUCUUGGUGCCGGCCUUGGCAUCGGGAAACUCGCCGCCAACGGCAACAUUGAGCAGGAUCAUCUUUGGAGUCUGAGCAAGGUUCUUCCAGACGGCCUCGUCGCCGAUUUGCUGGCCGGUGAUGGUCUUGGUUGGCUUGUCGUUAAUGUACCACACAAGUUUCUCGGAUGCGAAGCCGCCACCGGCAGAGCGGUCGACCUCGCAGGCUAUCUUGGUAAACUCGCCCCGAGGAAACUCGGAGCUGGAGCUGAGACCGGUCUUCUCAUUGCAGGGACCGCCAUCAAUGACACCACAGUGAGCCGUUUGGAACACUGUACCGACGCCGUUGGAGACCUCGAGCAUAUCGAUCUCGCCGACGCUGGGCCAUGA